ACAGGGCUCCAUGUCACAACCAUGUGAUCAUGACCUGAGCCGAAAUCAAGAGUCAGACAGACACUUAACCAACUGAGCCAGCAGGCACCCUGGUUCCUGAUCUUUUUGUUCAGCCCCCUGCCUCUUUCAAUCACAAUGAACAUCUUUCAUUUUGUUUGCCUAGCACCAAUCCCUCCCUCCCUUUGAGCGCAUUCCUUCUUUUGGAGAACGGUCCCAAACAGGUCUAGGAGGGGUCCAUUCCCUUGGCUCCAGGAGUGGGCACAUAUGCCAGCUGGACUAAUCAGAGGCUUCCAGUGGGCUUUUUCUAAUUGGAAGGGAAGGGAUCUCUGUAUUGUUUCUGGGGAAGUGAAGGUGUGAGGGUGAAUCGGAGCUGCUAAGGGAGGCCAUGGUUCCAGACUUAAGCAUCUGCCAUUCGCAAUAGAGAGAAUGAAGCCAGCAGACAGAGCAUAAUAGAGAUAGGGCACAAAGAGUGGGGCCUUGUGGUAUCUGGGUCCCUGGGUCUAGUCUAGUCAUCCCUGGGGCCAGCUACAGCUUGACUACAGCAGCCAAUAAUUUCUUCUCUAUUCCAGGCUGAUUUGAUCUGGAUUUCUGCCAUUUGAAACCAAAAGUAUUACCCCAGAUGUGAUGGAGAUGAGCUAUACGGGAAGACAGGAACUCUCCUCUCCCCUGUUUGUCAGUUCUCUCCCUCCUAUCUCCUUCCUCUCCCCUCGACUUGCUUGUGCUCCACCGUACAAACAGCUGGACCUCUGGUUUGUUAUUCAGAAAGUAUACAUACAACACUGGCACAUUGUGGGCCCUUAAUAAUAAUAGUGAAUGCACUUUGAGCACUUGCUAUGUGCCAAGCACUGUACUUAGAGCUUUUAUACCUGUUAUCUCUCUUAAACCUCCUAUCAGCUCUAUGAAGUGGGUGCUAUUGUUAUUCUUAGCAAAUAGAUGGGGAAACUGAGACCCAAAGCAGGUCAAUUACCUGCCCACAGUUAGACAGCUGGUAAGUUUAGAUCUGAGCCCUGAACCUAGACAGGUGCUUCCUAGAGCCCAUGUGCCUAAUCUUACCCCAGACUGCUUUCUUUCAUGGCCCUUUGCCCAUCAGUCUCCCUUCCUGCAUGGAGACAUGCCAUGAUCAAGAAUAUGUGGCUGUUGUGUCUUGAAGCCUGAGCAGGAGUUUUACGAGCAUCACCACAUCACCCUGAAUCAUCACAAUGCAUUGUGAGACACACUGGGAAAGAGAGGCUCAGAGAGAUGCAGUCUCCCAGGGUCACACAGCCAAUGGGUAUGAAGCCAGCAUCCAAAUCCAGCAGCGUCUUGACUAGGACCCCUUGUUCACCGGCCUGCACAUCCCUGAAAUGUUUUAGGCCAUACAUCCUCUAGCCGACUGGAGGCUCAUACCCUCAGCCUGGGCUUCAGAGCUGCCAGGAUCUCAAGCAGGGCUGGCUAGCUGCCUUCUGGAGGGGGAGGGGCACAUCGAUGAUGCUCAGGCUCAGAAUGGCAGCCGAGUGGCAGGCAGAGGCUGGCGUGGGAGGCUCCUUGAGUGGAUGCAGGCAUCCUUACUUCUCCAGGGAAACCUAGGCCAGGCUACUCUGAGGUCUGCUUAAUCCCUGUGUGCUCUGGAAGUUAAGGUUCAAGGCACUGAUAAGAUCCCAUCCCUUCUCCCUUCAAACCAAAGCAUGAGAAGAAAACAGUUCACAUUUGUGAGGCACUUGCUGUGUGUCAGGCACAGUCCUGGACACCUUAUAUAUACACAAGUUCACAGGACCCCCAUUGCACAGAUUAGGAAACUGGGGCCCAGAGGUUUUGGCACAUACCCACAUUUACACAACUAGAAAACAGCGGAAUCCAGACUCAAAUACAGGGCUGUGCUGAUUCCAGAGGCCCGACCCUUAACCUUUGACCUCCCUAAGCCCAUUGCCUCUGUGUAAGGGAACAAGACAGGUGAUGACCCAGACAGGUGACAUUUCCACCCAGGCAGAGACCUGAGGCAGGAAGGCGAGAGGGUCCAGGUAGAGUGUGAGUGUGCCUUGGUCCCCAGCCAGGCUCCCACGGCCUGCACCCCGUUCCUGGGCCAGGCCUGAAGGGGCAGGCUUUAACAUCUUAGGGCAUAGGACCAUCAGGUCUCCAGGCCGGAUCGCAGGUCUAACCUAGAGCAACAGAGGCACUGGCUGAGGGCAGGGGAUGGCUGGCUAAGGCCAGCUAAGGGUUCAGUAGCAAGGCAGGGCAGAGACUGCUCUUCGAUUCUGUCCCAAUCAGACCGGAGCAGGACGGAGAGUAGGACAACGAAUGUACAAGGCACAUCACGUGUUGUAAGAGCAAUGAAGCAGGGGUGGCAGCGACAGAGGUGCAGACAACGACGCUGGGCCACUCCUUUACCGUAUCUCCUUUGCAGGGCCCCUCUUCGGCUAAGCCAGUGCACGGUCCGAUCAGCCGAUUGGCCCCGCUUGGGUCACAUGGCCACCCUGAUCCAAUCAGCUGCGGCCUGGGGGUCACGUGGUUCCGGUGGGAGGCCUCAUCUUUAAAGGCUUGUGGCUCUGCCUGAUUUAGUCGCGGAGACAGAAAAUGAGGGAGGCGGGCGUCCCCUGAAAGGUAGUUGAGGGCCGGCCACCAGCCCCCUCGCCCAAAGCUUGGCCCCGGGCCGCACCUCCGUCUGCAAGACCCAGCGCCAAUCUGCUCCGGGCAGCAUCCUGAGCACAGCCUCUGCGCAGAGACAGGAGACGCCCCACACCGCAGCCCUCCUGGGUCAGCCGCUGAGUCAGGAACGCAAGGAACGGACGCCCCAGGCCACUCCCAGACCUUCUCAAGACAGCUCACAGUUUGGGGGGUGAGGCAGACCCCUGGACGAUGCUUGGUGAGACAAGUACCAGGGUAGAGGAAGUGCAAAGAGUCACAGAUACACGGGGGCAGCCAACCAGAUUCUCUGGAGCCAGUGGCUGUAAGAUCCCACCUGAAGGUUCACCGGAGCCAGCCUCCCGGCCCCCGUCAUCAGCAGCAAGAACUGGCUGCGGCUGCACUUCACCUCUGACGGCAACCACCGGCAGCGUGGCUUCAGCGCCCAAUACCAAGUCAAGAAGCAAAUUGAGUUGAAGUCUCGAGGUGUGAAGCUGAUGCCCAGCAAAGAUAACAGCCAGAAGACAUCUGUGUUAACUCAGGUUGGUGUGUCCCAAGGGCAUAAUAUGUGUCCAGACCCUGGCAUACCUGAAAGGGGCAAAAGACUAGGCUCGGAUUUCAGGUUAGGAUCCAGCGUCCAGUUCACCUGCAGCGAGGGCUAUGACCUACAAGGGUCCAAGCGGAUCACCUGUAUGAAAGUGAGCGACAUGUUUGCGGCCUGGAGCGACCACAGGCCAGUUUGCCGAGCCCGCAUGUGUGAUGCCCACCUUCGAGGCCCCUCAGGCAUCAUCACCUCCCCCAAUUUCCCUAUUCAGUAUGACAACAAUGCACACUGUGUGUGGAUCAUCACAGCACUCAACCCUGCCAAGGUGAUCAAGCUGGCCUUUGAGGACUUCGACUUGGAAAGGGGCUACGACACCCUGACGGUGGGGGACGGCGGGCAGGACGGGGAUCAGAAAACUGUCCUCUACGUCCUGACAGGUACGUCGGUCCCAGAUCUCAUUGUCAGCACCAACCAUCAAAUGUGGCUCCUCUUCCAGACCGAUGGCAGUGGCAGCUCCCUGGGAUUCAAGGCUUCUUACGAAGAGAUCGAGCAGGGCAGCUGUGGCGAUCCUGGCAUCCCUGCCUACGGCCGAAGGGAAGGCUUCCGGUUCCGCCACGGUGACACACUCAAGUUUGAGUGCCAGCCUGCCUUUGAGCUGGUGGGGCAGAAGGCAAUCACGUGCCAAAAGAAUAACCAGUGGUCGGCUAAGAAGCCAGGCUGCGUGUUUUCUUGCUUCUUCAACUUCACCAGCCCCUCUGGGGUCGUCCUGUCGCCCAACUACCCAGAGGACUACGGCAACCACCUCCACUGUGUCUGGCUCAUCCUGGCCCGGCCUGAGAGCCGCAUCCACCUGGCUUUCAACGACAUCGAUGUAGAACCUCAGUUCGACUUCCUGGUCAUCAAGGAUGGGGCCACGGCCGAGGCCCCAGUCCUGGGCACCUUCUCAGGAAACCAGCUCCCCUCUUCCAUCACAAGCAGUGGCCACGUGGCCCGUCUCGAGUUCCAGACUGACCACUCCACAGGGAAGAGGGGUUUCAACAUCACUUUCACCACCUUCCGACACAACGAGUGCCCAGAUCCUGGCGUUCCGGUAAAUGGCAAACGGUUUGGUGACAGCCUCCAGCUGGGAAGCUCCAUCUCCUUCCUCUGUGACGAAGGCUUCCUCGGGACUCAGGGCUCGGAGACCAUCACCUGCAUCCUGAAGGAGGGCAGCGUGGUCUGGAACAGCGCCGUGCUGCGAUGUGAAGCCCCCUGCGGUGGUCAUCUGACUUCACCCAGUGGUACCAUCCUAUCUCCAGGCUGGCCUGGCUUCUACAAGGAUGCUCUGAGCUGUGCCUGGGUGAUCGAAGCCCAGCCAGGCUACCCCAUCAAAAUCACCUUCGACAGAUUUAAAACCGAGGUCAACUAUGAUACUCUGGAAGUUCGAGAUGGACGGACAUACUCAGCGCCCUUGAUCGGGGUUUACCAUGGGACCCAGGUUCCCCAGUUCCUCAUCAGCACCAGCAACUACCUCUACCUCCUCUUCUCUACCGACAAGAGUCACUCAGACAUCGGCUUCCAGCUCCGCUAUGAAACUAUAACACUGCAGUCAGACCAUUGUCUGGAUCCAGGGAUCCCUGUAAAUGGGCAGCGCCAUGGAAAUGACUUCUAUGUGGGUGCUCUGGUGACCUUCAGCUGUGACUCAGGCUACACAUUAAGUGAUGGGGAGCCCCUGGAGUGUGAGCCUAACUUCCAGUGGAGCCGGGCCCUGCCCAGCUGUGAAGCACUCUGUGGUGGCUUCAUUCAAGGCUCCAGUGGGACCAUCUUGUCACCGGGGUUUCCCGACUUCUACCCCAACAACUUGAACUGCACCUGGAUUAUCGAAACAUCACAUGGCAAGGGUGUGUUCUUCACAUUCCACACCUUCCACCUGGAGAGUGGCCACGACUACCUCCUCAUCACUGAGAAUGGCAGCUUCUCCCAGCCCCUGAGGCAGCUGACCGGCUCAAGGUUGCCAGCCCCCAUCAGCGCUGGACUCUAUGGCAACUUCACUGCCCAGGUCCGCUUCAUCUCCGAUUUCUCCAUGUCCUAUGAAGGAUUCAACAUCACCUUUGCAGAAUAUGACUUGGAGCCCUGCGAAGAGCCUGAGGUCCCAGCCUACAGCAUCCGGAAGGGCUUACAGUUUGGCGUAGGCGACACCUUGACCUUCUCCUGCUUCCCCGGGUACCGUCUGGAGGGCACAGCCCGCAUCACGUGCCUGGGGGGCAGACGGCGCCUGUGGAGUUCGCCUCUGCCAAGGUGUGUUGCUGAGUGUGGGAAUUCAGUCACGGGCACUCAGGGUACAUUGCUGUCCCCCAACUUUCCUGUGAACUACAAUAACAACCAUGAAUGCAUCUACUCCAUCCAGACCCAGCCGGGGAAGGGCAUUCAGCUGAAAGCCAGGACAUUUGAACUGUCUGAAGGAGAUGUGCUCAAGGUCUAUGACGGCAACAACAAGUCCGCCCGUUUGCUGGGGGUGUUCAGCCGUUCUGAGAUGAUGGGGGUGACUUUGAACAGCACGUCUAGUAGUCUGUGGCUUGACUUCAUCACCGAUGCCGAGAACACCAGCAAGGGCUUUGAGCUGCAAUUCUCCAGUUUUGAACUCAUCAAGUGUGAGGAUCCAGGAACCCCGCAAUUUGGCUACAAGGUUCAUGAUGGAGGCCAUUUUGCAGGAAGCUCUGUGUCCUUCAGCUGUGACCCUGGAUACAGCCUGCGGGGCAGUGAGGAGCUGCUGUGUCUGAGUGGGGAGCGCAGGACCUGGGACCGACCUCUCCCCACCUGUGUCGCUGAGUGUGGAGGGACAGUGAAAGGAGAGGUGUCGGGCCAGGUGCUGUCACCCGGGUAUCCGGCUCCCUACGAACACAAUCUCAACUGCAUCUGGACCAUCGAGGCUGAUGCUGGUUGCACCAUCGGGCUCCACUUCCUGGUGUUUGACACGGAGGAGGUCCAUGACGUGCUACGCAUCUGGGACGGGCCUGUGGAGAGUGGGGUUCUGCUGAAGGAGCUCAGCGGUGCAGCCCUGCCCAAGGACCUACACAGCACCUUCAACUCGGUCGUUCUGCAGUUCAGCACCGACUUCUUCACCAGCAAGCAGGGGUUUGCCAUUCACUUCUCAGUGUCCACAGCAACGUCCUGCAACGACCCUGGGGUCCCGCAGAACGGGAGCCGGAGCGGCGACAGUUGGGAAGCCGGAGACUCCACGGUGUUCCAGUGUGACCCUGGCUAUGCGCUACAGGGGAGCGCGGAGAUCAGCUGCGUGAAGAUCGAGAACAGAUUCUUCUGGCAGCCCAGCCCACCAACGUGCAUUGCUCCCUGCGGGGGAGACCUGUCGGGUCCAUCAGGAGUCAUUCUGUCACCAAAUUACCCAGAACCUUACCCGCCAGGCAAAGAGUGUGACUGGAAAGUGACCGUCUCUCCGGACUACGUCAUCGCCCUGGUAUUUAACAUCUUUAACUUGGAGCCAGGCUAUGACUUCCUCCAUAUCUACGAUGGACGGGACUCCCUCAGCCCUCUCAUAGGAAGCUUCUAUGGCUCCCAGCUUCCGGCCCGCAUUGAGAGCAGCAGCAACAGCCUCUUCCUCGCCUUCCGCAGUGACGCGUCCGUGAGCAGUGCUGGCUUCGUCAUCGACUACACAGAAAACCCACGGGAGUCGUGUUUUGACCCUGGUUCCAUCAAGAACGGCACGCGAGUGGGGUCCGAUCUGAAGCUGGGCUCCUCCAUCACCUAUUACUGCCACGGGGGCUAUGAGGUUGAGGGCGCCUCUACCCUCAGCUGCAUUCUGGGGCCUGAUGGGAAGCCCGCAUGGAACAACCCCCGACCAGUGUGCACAGCCCCCUGUGGGGGACAGUAUGUGGGUUCAGACGGAGUGGUCUUAUCCCCCAACUACCCCCAGAACUACACCAGUGGACAGAUCUGCCUCUAUUUUGUCACCGUGCCCAAGGACUACGUGGUGUUUGGACAGUUCGCCUUCUUCCAUACGGCCCUCAACGACGUGGUGGAGGUGCAUGAUGGCCACAGCCAGCACUCCCGGCUCCUCAGCUCCCUCUCGGGCUCCCACACAGGAGAAUCGCUGCCCUUGGCCACCUCCAAUCAAGUUCUCAUUAAGUUCAGUGCCAAAGGCCCAGCACCAGCCAGAGGCUUCCACUUUGUCUAUCAAGCGGUACCCCGAACAAGCGCCACGCAGUGCAGCUCUGUGCCGGAACCCCGCUAUGGCAAGAGGCUGGGCAGUGACUUCUCGGUGGGGGCCAUCGUCCGCUUCGAUUGCAACUCCGGCUAUGCCCUGCAGGGGUCCCCAGAAAUCGAGUGCCUCCCCGUUCCCGGGGCCUUAGCCCAGUGGAAUGUAUCAGCGCCUACCUGUGUGGUGCCAUGUGGAGGCAACCUCACAGAGCGCAGGGGCACCAUCCUGUCCCCCGGUUUCCCAGAGCCCUACCUCAACAGCCUCAACUGCGUGUGGAAGAUCAUGGUCCCUGAAGGCGCUGGCAUCCAGAUUCAAGUCAUCAGCUUUGUCACAGAGCAGAACUGGGACUCCCUGGAGGUAUUUGACGGUGCAGACAACACUGUAACCAUGCUGGGGAGUUUCUCAGGAACAACCGUGCCUGCCCUUCUGAACAGCACCUCCAACCAGCUCUACCUUCAUUUCUACUCAGAUAUCAGCGUGUCAGCAGCCGGCUUCCAUUUGGAGUACAAAACUGUGGGCCUGAGCAGCUGUCCAGAACCCACCGUGCCCAGUAAUGGGGUGAAGACCGGCGAGCGCUACUUGGUGAACGAUGUGGUCUCUUUCCAGUGUGAGCCAGGAUAUGCCCUCCAGGGCCACGCCCACAUCUCCUGCAUGCCUGGAACCGUGCGCCGCUGGAACUACCCUCCGCCACUCUGUAUUGCACAGUGUGGGGGGGCAGUGGAAGAGAUGGAAGGGGUGAUCCUGAGCCCCGGCUUCCCAGGCAACUACCCCAGCAACAUGGACUGCUCUUGGAAAAUAGCGCUGCCUGUGGGCUUUGGAGCUCACAUCCAGUUCCUGAACUUCUCCACUGAGCCCAACCACGACUUCAUAGAAAUCCGGAAUGGCCCCUACGAGACCAGCCGCAUGAUGGGCAGAUUCAGUGGAAGUGAGCUUCCAGGCUCCCUGCUCUCCACGUCCCACGAGACCACUGUGUAUUUCCACAGCGACCACUCCCAGAACCGGCCAGGAUUCAAGCUGGAGUAUCAAGCCUAUGAACUUCAAGAGUGCCCAGACCCAGAGCCCUUUGCCAAUGGCAUUGUGAGGGGAGCUGGCUACAAUGUUGGACAAUCAGUGACCUUCGAGUGCCUGCCAGGAUAUCAACUGAUGGGCCACCCCGUCCUCACAUGUCAACAUGGCACCAACCGGAAUUGGGACCACCCCCUACCCAGGUGUGAAGUCCCCUGUGGUGGGAACAUCACCUCUUCCAAUGGCACUGUGUAUUCCCCGGGCUUCCCCAGUCCAUACUCCAGCUCCCAGGACUGUGUCUGGCUGAUCACCGUGCCCAUUGGUCAUGGCGUCCGCCUCAACCUCAGCCUGCUGCAGACAGAACCCUCCGGAGACUUCAUCACUGUCUGGGAUGGGCCUCAGCAGACAGCUCCACAGCUUGGAGUCUUCAGCCGAAGCUUGGCCAAGAAAACAGUGCACAGCUCAUCCAACCAGGUCCUGCUCAAGUUCCACCGUGAUGCGGCUAUGGGUGGGAUCUUCGCCAUAGCCUUCUCUGCUUAUCCACUCACCAAAUGCCCUCCUCCCACCAUCCUCCCCAACGCUGAAGUCGUCACAGAGAAUGAAGAAUUCAACAUAGGUGACAUCGUACGCUACAGGUGCCUCCCUGGCUUCACCUUGGUAGGGAAUGAAAUCCUGACCUGCAAACUUGGAACUUACCUACAGUUUGAAGGACCACCCCCAAUAUGUGAAGUGCACUGCCCAACGAAUGAGCUUCUGACAGAUUCCACGGGUGUGAUCCUGAGUCAGAGCUACCCAGGAAGCUAUCCCCAGUUCCAGACCUGCUCUUGGCUGGUGAGAGUGGAACCUGACUACAACAUCUCCCUCACGGUGGAGUACUUUCUCAGUGAGAAGCAGUAUGAUGAAUUUGAGAUCUUUGAUGGUCCCUCAGGACAAAGUCCUCUGCUGAAAGCCCUCAGUGGGAAUUACUCGGCUCCCCUGAUCGUCACUAGCUCAAGCAACACUGUGUACCUGCGCUGGUCAUCUGACCACGCCUACAACCGGAAGGGCUUUAAGAUUCGGUAUUCAGCUCCCUACUGCAGCCUGCCCAGGGCUCCACUCCAUGGCUUCCUUCUGGGCCAGACCAGCACCCAGCCCGGAGGCUCCAUCCACUUUGGCUGCAACGCCGGCUACCGCUUGGUGGGACACAGCAUGGCCAUUUGUACCCGGCACCCCCAGGGCUACUACCUGUGGAGUGAAGCCAUUCCUCUCUGUCAAGCUCUUUCCUGCGGGCUUCCUGAGGCCCCUAAGAAUGGAAUGGUGUUUGGCAAAGAGUACACAGUGGGGACCAAGGCUGUGUACAGCUGCAGCGAAGGCUACCACCUCCAGGCAGGUGCCGAGGCCACAACAGAGUGUCUGGAGACAGGCCUUUGGAGCAACCACAAUGUCCCCCCACAGUGUGUCCCUGUGACCUGUCCUGAUGUCAGCAGCAUCGGCGUGGAACAUGGCCGAUGGAGGCUCAUCUUUGAGACACAGUACCAGUUCCAGGCCCAGCUGAUGCUCAUCUGUGACCCUGGCUACUACUACACUGGCCAAAGGGUCAUCCGCUGUCAGGCCAAUGGCAAAUGGAGCCUUGGGAACUCUAUGCCCACCUGCCAAAUCAUCUCCUGUGGAGAGCUUCCCAUCCCGCCCAGUGGGCACCGCAUUGGAACACUGUCUGUCUAUGGGGCGACGGCCAUCUUCUCCUGCAAUUCUGGAUACACGCUGGUGGGCUCCAGGGUGCGGGAGUGCAUGGCAAAUGGGCUCUGGAGUGGCUCUGAAGUUCGCUGCCUUGCCGGACACUGUGGGACCCCUGAGCCCAUCGUCAAUGGACAUAUCAACGGGGAGAACUACAGCUACCGGGGCAGCGUGGUGUACCAGUGCAAUGCCGGCUUCCGCCUGAUCGGCAUGUCUGUGCGCAUCUGCCAGCAGGAUCAUCACUGGUCGGGCAAGACCCCUUUCUGUGUGCCAAUUACCUGUGGACACCCAGGCAACCCAAUCAACGGCCUCACUCAGGGCAACCAGUUUAACCUCAACGACGUGGUUAAGUUUGUUUGCAACCCUGGGUAUAUGGCUGAGGGGGCUGCUAGGUCCCAGUGCCUGGCCAGCGGGCAGUGGAGCGACACGCUGCCCACCUGCAGAAUCAUCAACUGCACCGAUCCUGGGCACCAAGAAAACAGCCUGCGUCAAGUCCAUGCCAGCGGCCCGCACAGGUUCAGCUACGGCACCACUGUGUCUUACCGAUGCAACCACGGCUUCUACCUCCUGGGCACCCCGGUGCUCAGCUGCCAGGGAGAUGGCACAUGGGACCGUCCCCGCCCCCAGUGUCUCUUGGUGUCCUGCGGCCAUCCAGGCUCCCCACCCCAUGCCCAGAUGUCCGGGGACAGCUAUACUGUGGGAGCAGUCGUGCGUUACAGUUGCACCGGCAAGAGGACUCUGCUCGGAAAUGCCACCCGUAUGUGUGGGCUGGAUGGACACUGGACUGGCUCCCUCCCCCACUGCUCAGGAACCAGCAUGGGAAUCUGUGGUGACCCAGGGAUCCCAGCACACGGCAUCCGUUUGGGGGAUAGCUUUGCCCCAGGCAGUCUGAUGCGCUUCAGCUGUGAAGCUGGCCAUGCCCUCCGGGGGUCAUCAGAGCGGACCUGUCAAGCCAACGGCUCAUGGAGCGGCACACAGCCUGAGUGUGGAGUGAUCUCUUGCGGGAACCCUGGUACUCCAAGCAAUGCCAGAGUCAUGUUCAGUGAUGGCCUGGGCUUCUCCAGCUCCAUCGUCUAUGAAUGCCGGGAAGGCUACUACGCCACGGGCCUGCUCAGCCGACACUGCUCGGUCAAUGGCACCUGGACAGGCAGUGACCCAGAGUGCAUAGUCAUAAACUGUGGUGACCCUGGGAUUCCAGCCAAUGGCCUCCGGCUGGGCAAUGACUUCAGGUACAACAAAACUGUGACAUAUCAGUGCGUCCCUGGCUACAUGAUGGAGUCACAUAGGGUGUCUGUGCUGAGCUGCACCAAGGACCGGACAUGGAAUGGUACCAAGCCAGUCUGCAAAGCUAUCAUAUGCAAACCGCCUCAGCUCAUCCCCAACGGGAAAGUGGUGGGGUCUGACUUCAUGUGGGGCUCAAGCGUGACGUAUGCCUGCCUGGAGGGGUACCAGCUGUCCCUGCCUGCGGUGCUCACCUGUGAAGGGAACGGAUCCUGGACUGGAGAGUUGCCUCAGUGUUUCCCCGUGUUCUGCGGAGAUCCUGGCGUCCCAGCCCGUGGGAGGAGAGAGGACCGAGGCUUCUCCUACAGGUCGUCUGUCUCCUUCUCCUGCCAGCCCCCUCUGGUGCUGGUGGGCUCACCACGGAGGUUUUGCCAGUCAGACGGGACGUGGAGUGGCACCCAGCCCAGCUGCAUAGACCCAACGCUGACCAUGUGCGCAGACCCCGGUGUGCCGCAGUUUGGGAUACAGAACAAUUCCCAGGGAUACCAGGUCGGAAGCACAGUGCUCUUCCGCUGUCAAAAAGGUUACCUGCUUCAGGGCUCCACCACCAGGACCUGCCUUCCCAACCUGACCUGGAGCGGAACCCCGCCCGACUGUGUCCCCCACCACUGCAAGCAGCCAGAGACGCCAACCCAUGCCAACGUUGGGGCCCUGGACUUGCCCUCCAUGGGCUACACCCUCAUCUAUUCCUGCCAGGAGGGCUUCUCCCUCAAGGGUGGCUCCGAGCACCGCACCUGCAAAGCAGAUGGCAGCUGGACAGGCAAACCACCCAUCUGCCUGGCAGAGGUGCGGCCUAGUGGGAGACCCAUCAACACUGCCCGGGAACCACCACUCACCCAGGCCUCCGUUCCUGGUGAUGUUUUUGCCAAGAAUUCCCUAUGGAAAGGGGCCUAUGAGUACCAGGGGAAGAAGCAGCCAGCCAUGCUCAGAGUGACUGGCUUCCAGGUUGUCAACAGCAAGGUCAACGCCACCAUGAUCGACCACAGUGGAGUGGAAGUGCACUUGGCUGGAAUUUACAAGAAAGAAGAUUUCCAUCUCCUGCUCCAGGUUUACCAGAUCACAGGACCUGCGGAGAUCUUUGUGAAUAAGUUCAAAGAUGACCACUGGGCUUUAGAUGGGCAUGUCUCCUCAGAGUCCCCCGGAGGUACCUUCAUCUACCAAGGCUCCGUCAAGGGCCAAGGCUUUGGACAGUUCGGCUUUCAAAGACUUGCAGCUCGGUGGCAGCCGCAAUCCUGGUGCCUUUCGUCGCCCUCAUCAUUGCAGGCUUCGUGCUGUAUCUCUACAAGCACAGGAGAAGACCCAAAGUUCCGUUCAAUGGCUACGCCGGCCACGAGAACACAAACGUUCGGGCCACAUUUGAGAACCCAAUGUACGACCGCAACAUCCAGCCCACAGACAUCAUGGCCACCGAGGCGGAGUUCACAGUCAGUACAGUGUGCACAGCCGUAUAGCCACCAGGCCUGGCUGCCACCGCCGCCGCCACCGAGAGCCCCGCCUCCGGCAGCCGUUGUCCAGGGGACAGGCCGUCAGCCCCCUGAGCACAGUGCCCGGUGCCCAUCUUCGUCUGUCUCUCUGCCCGUGUCUGCUACUGCUGGGACUUGGGUCCUCACCCCGCCACCACCUGCACCCGCCACCCCAGAGAAGACUCCCGCUGGGCCCCGACUUCGGGGCAGUACAGAAGAGGGGCUGCAGACGGACACAGGAAGCUUAUGGAUUUAAAACAGCAAAGCAUCUUGUGGCUGGGGGGGAGGGGGGGGCGAGCACACACAGACACACAUGCCUCUCCUUCAUUUGAGUCCUGCGAAGAGACCGCGGAAGUUAAAAAAAGAGAAAUGUGUGUGAAAGCUGCCCCCCCGCCCUGCUCCCCACAAACACAGAGAAGAGGUGAAGAGGAGGCUGCAUGCCCCGCCGGCCCUGUGUGAGGAGGCGGCGAGUGUGUUAGGUGGUCAGUAUGUAGAAACCAGCCGUCCGCAACUGGCUGUUCUCCUGCAAAAGUGACAGCAAGGAUUACCCCAAGGGCAGAAAAACAUCUUAAGAAGUACUUUGGAAAUCAGUUUAUUUUUUCCAACAGAAUUUUAUUGAGUUCUAAACCCAGUGAGUUAAAAAGUCAUUCUGGGUCCUGGGCAGCACUGGGGAAGGAAGGGUGGGUUGGGGGAGGUAGAGCAGGAAUCUGGCCUCGAGUCUAAGGUCAGGUCUGGCUGUCAAGUGACAAAGAGAAGAGAAGCGAGGCUGUAGCCCAGACGGAGAUGCCGAGUCGGCAGCAUUGGGAAGGUGCUGAUACAGCAGAGCAGGCCUAUCCCAGUGUCCAAAAACUCAUGGCUGCCUUGUGUUGAGUUUCUUCUCUGUGCCUGACACUUUAGGUGUAUCAUUUCUAGACCUUACAACAACCCAAAAUGUAGGAAUCGUUAUUCCUGUUUUAUAAAUGAGAAAACAGAAGCCCAGAAAGGUUGAAGAGACAUAAGCCACACCGUAAGUGUGGAGUCAGGAUGCUAACCCAGGUGGGUCUGACCCCAAAGUCCACUACACCAGCUGCCAGAAACCCCGGUCUAAAAGGGGCACCAAAUACAGGGAGGAGCAGGUGAAUCUGUAUAGUAGGACUGUGGCGGGGCUGGUGGGCCAGGCAGAGGACCUGUGUGUCCUGUCUGGGCUCUUCUCCCUCUGUCUGGGCAGCCUCAGGGAAAGGGACCUCCUAGAGCUGGUGCUGCCCCCUUGGCCCCCAGCAGCCCCUGGCUACAGCAGACACAAGACCUGGGAGCUCCUGAACGGAAAGAACGGAGUGAAUGAAAGUCACAACCUCUCCAGCUCCUUGCGAGAAGAUUUGAUUCAUUCUGAGUUCCACUGUGCUUGGGUCCUUAUUGAACUCCAUACAAGUAUUGUUGGGACACUAGCAAGUUUAGGAAUCAAACUGUGGCACUUAGAGCCAUUUUCUCUGUCCUCGGGAAGGUCCCUAUGGGCUUAAGCACCUGUGCACGUGUGACAUGCUGGCCUGAGAUGUUCACAUCACAUAUACUGAAAUAAAUCGAAAUGGAAGGGAGCGGAGUGGCAGGGACACCUGUUCUUCAACAGAUGAGACGAUCUGCCUCACAGUAAGAGGGGCCGAGUACAGCGAGAGGCGUCAGUUCCCAGCAGAUGGGACUGAGGCUGGCAAUGGCGGGAGCCCCGUGCCACCCACACCCGCUCUGGGUCACAGCGUCCCUGGGCUUGGCGGGAGAGGGCCAACUCAGCCACACACACUCACGCACUCAUAUCUCUCUUUCCCGGAAACAAAUGCAGGAAGUUCUUUGGCUGCUCCCUUCCUCCCUUCUUUCACUCCUCCCAGACCAACCAGUGGACUCCUCCACCAGCCCUGCCUCCGCCCCCUCCCCUGUGUCCCCGCAGAUGCCCAAGGAGCACAUGCCAGGGGGGGCGCCCAGCACUCUGCUGUGCAUUACCGUUUCCCACCUCCGGCAUUCCUGCACCACCUCCCGAGGGUCGGAAGGAACCGGGGCAGUCUAGGCCUUCACUCGCCAUCCACACCAUACACCCACCACCAUCCCAUGAGGAGGAAAAAAAAAAAAAAAAAAGUAAAACAAAAACAAACAAAAAAAUCUUUUGUACAGAGAUAUAUUUUUAUUAUACAAAGUUUGUACAGUACCAAAAAAAGAAAAAAAGGUGUACAUUUUUUUUUCAUUAUUGUAGGUAAACGGUAGUGGAAGCCUUUUUUGUAAAUGUAAUAAAAUGUAUAAAUAUGGUUUUCAGAAAACAUCAAGGACUGUAAAUAUGUAAUCUACACACCUUCUUGGCUUGUCUGCAGUAUAUACAUUUAAUUUAUCUGUCUCUGUAUAUGAGGCUUCCCCUGGGGUCCUGCAUUAUGGUACUUUCCUGAAUUUGAAGGCAAUUUUAAAUUUUUUGAAUUCAAAUAAAAUAUAAAUUUUUGCAUUGGUUUCUUACA